CCGCUGCCGCAGUGAUCACGUCGUCGGAGAUUUCCAUCGGGGCUCAGGGGGCGGGCCCAUGGUGCGGAGCGCGAUCUGGGGCGGGGCGAGUGGGAGGAGUGAAAGUUGGAGCGCAACAAAACCCUCCACAUCUCUCUGAGCAGCAAGAUCUGCGCUGCGACCUCAACACAGGUGGUCGUGCCAGGUACCGCCGAGAUGUUACCCAAAGUUCUCCUGAUGCUCCUCAACAUAUUCCUGGCCCUCCAGUGGAGGGUUGGACCUCACAUUAAACUGGAGAAUAAACCACCUGCCCAAGAUAAUGUAGUCUUCGGCCCUCAGCCUCAGCCUGUGUCUAAACCUGUGCUUCAGCCUGAAUCCCCUGCUUAUGAUGUCGUAGUCUUCGGCCCUCAGCCACAGCCACACCCCAAAUCCCCUGGCCAUGAUGAUGAUGUAGUCUUUAGCUCCCAGCCUCAGCCUCUGCCUCAGCCCCAGCCAGAGCCAGAGCCCCAGCCUCAGCCCCAGCCUCAGCCACAACCUCAGCCUCAGCCCCUGGCUGGGCGCCAGCCUCUGCCCUAUCCCCUGCCUUGGCCAGUGCCUCAGCCCCAGCCUGACCCAGAACCUCAGCCCCAGCCUCAGCCUGAACCCCAGCCCCAGCCUGAACCCCAGCCUGAGCCCCAGCCUCAGCCCCUGCCUUGGCCCCUGCCUGAGCCCCAGCCUGAGCCCCAGCCCCAGCCUCACCCUGAGCCCCAGCCUCAGCUCCACCCUGAGCCCCAGAUCCCAGCCCAGAUUCAGGCUGGGCGCCAACCCCGACCCAGGCCCCAGCCUGAGCCCCAGCCUCAGCCUGCGCCCCAGGAGCCGCAGCCGGAGCCGCAGCCGGAGCCGCAGCCGGAGCCGCAGCCGGAGUUGGAACCCCAUCCGGAGUCAGAACCCCAGCCCCAACAGGAGCCUCAUCCUGGUGGAAAGAAGCUUACAGAAAAAGAAACAGAACUCACGGUUGAUUGCACAACUGAGCACUCAGAAGAGAACCUGACAAGAGCUUCUCAAAUCCUUAGCACCAUCCUGAAUAACUAUGACCAUAAACUGCGCCCUGGCAUUGGAGAAAAGCCCACUGUGGUCACUGUUGAAGUCUUUGUCAAUAGCCUCGGGCCUAUUUCCACCCUGGACAUGGAAUAUUCCACUGACAUCAUCUUCUACCAGACCUGGUAUGAUGAGCGUCUUCAUUACAAUGACACCUUUGAGACCCUUGUUCUACAUGGCAACGUGGUGAGCCAGUUGUGGAUCCCAGAUACCUUUUUUAGGAAUUCUAAGAGGACUCAUGAAUAUGAUAUCACCAUACCCAACCAGAUGGCUCUCAUCCACAAGGAUGGAAAGGUGUUGUACUCAGUUAGGAUGACCAUUGAUGCGAGAUGUUCACUCCACAUGCUCAAAUUUCCAAUGGAUUCUCACUCUUGUCCUCUGUCUUUCUCUAGCUUUUCCUAUGAUGCACAUGAGAUGAUCUACAAGUUGGAGAAUUUCAUGCUCAAAAUCGAUGAGAAGAACACUUGGAAGCUAUUCGAGUUUGAUUUUAUGGGAGUGACCAACAAAACUGAAAUCAUCUCAACCCCAGUUGGUGACUUUAUGGUCAUGACUUUCUUCUUCAAUGUGAGCAGGCGGUUUGGCUUCCUUGUUUUUCAAAACUAUAUCCCUUCUUCUGUGACCACAAUGCUCUCCUGGGUCUCCUUCUGGAUCAAGAUAGAGGCAGCUGCAGCCAGGGCCUCUGUAGCUUUGGACUACUAUAUUGCCAUUUGUUUCGUCUUGUGCUUCUGUGCUCUACUAGAGUUUGCUGUGCUCAACUUCCUGACCUACAAUGAGACGAAACAACCGGCUUCUCCAAAGCUCUACCAUCUUCCAACCAGUAGCUGUGCUAAUACACGUACUCGUGCCCGUGCCCGCACCCGUGCUCGUGCCCGUGCCCGUGCCCUCCAGCAGCAGGAAGUGUUUGUGUGUGAGAUUGUCACCUAUGAGGGGAAUGCUGAAGAGGAGCAUCAGUAUUGCCCAGUCCAGCAGUCUUCAAGCUUCAGAAGACCUCAGUGUCCCCGGAGGCGAUGUGGCAGAAGCUAUGUGUGCUUUAAGGUUCUCAGAAAGUAUUUCUGCAUGGCUCCUGGUUGUGGGGGCAGCACCUGGCAGCGGGGCCGCCUCUGCAUCCAUGUUUACCGCCUAGAUAACUACUCGCGGGUGCUUUUCCCCAUCACAUUCUUCUUCUUCAAUGUGCUCUACUGGCUGAUUUGCCUUAACCUGUAGGCUCCAGCUGGUAGCUCAUGGGGCAGCCUCCCAGUUCCCCAGGAGGUGCCAAGCCCCUUUGCCAAGGGAGUUAGGAGACAAGAGCAACAGCAGCAGGAGUGCCUAGAGAGGGUUUUUUCUUCCCUGGUUCCCAGUAUAAGCCUGUGGAGAGCUUGUCUCUGCUGGCCCUCUUUCCAUUAGCCCUUUCACUCAAUUUUCUCAACAGCCCUUCUCAAGUGACAGACCACCUCUCUAUUCCUCAAAGAGCAUUCAUGAUGCUCAGUGUGCCCACAUUUGAGCAGAUAAGAUAUCUCUCAAUGGUGUUUACAGCUACUGUCUUUCCCCAGAAGCCCAUGGUUCCCCAUGUGGUGCUAAGGGGCCUAGCUCAGGCUCAGCCCCAGAAUGCACAGAGCGACAGUUUAGCAGAAGGAGGGUCCUCAUCCAUAAGUCUUCAAGUCAGACCAUUAGAUUCUUGUUUUUUUUUUUCCUGACUCUCCUUCGUCUACACACACACACACACACACACACACACACACACACACACAAUCUUUCUAGGAGGUGAGGAGCUGGCAAGUGGGUCUGUUUGGGAAAGUAACCCCUCUCUGCUGCUGUGCCAUCUCCUUCUUCCCACCUGCCUCCAUCUGCAGUACCAAUUCAGUUCCUUUCAUCCAAUGGGUAUCUAUUCGUGUGUUCAAUGUUAGUAAUUUUCCCUGCUUUGUAUGCCUCCUUUUUCCUCCUCUUUGACCCUUGUGAUUUGUUCUGUAACUUCCCCAGUGACUUGCCCAGCCCUGAUCCAGGUGCUAGGCUUUGGUGACUCCCUGGGGCCAAGAAACUGAGAACACUCUGUUUGGCAGCAGCCAUUACCUGCCACUGAUUGGUGCUCACCUCAGGCACAGUCUAAAAGUUUGACUGCUUUCUUGGCCUCUGGACCUAUAAGCCAGUCCACUGCCAUCCCUGGGGCACUUACACAAUCACAAUCAAUUGAAUUCUCUUAAAUUUAUACAGAAUUUUCCCUUUGGCAAAGCACCUUUGACAAAUCAUUUCUAUUUGGAGUCUUCUUAUAGCCCCAUGACAUCUUUGGGCAUAGUUUGUUCUCCAUUAUGCAGAUGGCAACCUUAAGGUACAGAUUUCUAUAGGACUGUGGAUCUUGCUGGAAGCCAAUCUGGAGUCCUCUAGUUACAUGCUAAAGCAAUGACAGGGCUAGGUAGCUCUGAUCACCAUGACCCAGUUCUGUUUCCCUUGCUGUCACCCUAGUGGCAGGGCAUAGAGUAGUGACACCCCCCACACACACACACACACACAAGCAUGGGCCUGCUCCCUAACUAGGCCUGAGGUACUCAGACUGCUCCACAGGUUGAACUUUUGCCUCUAGUAACCCAGUGAGAUGAAUUUGUACAUGCCCCAAUGCUUGUAUAUGCUGAACAGA